AUGGAUCUACCUGCCGUCGGGGAGCAUGUCUUCGCGGUGGAGGGCAUCGAGAAGAAGCGCCUACGGAAGGGUAGAAUGGAGUAUCUGGUGAAGUGGAGAGGAUGGUCACCCAAAUAUAACACAUGGGAACCGGAGGAAAACAUUCUUGACCCGCGCCUUCUUGUCGCUUUCCAAAACAGAGAAAGGCAGGAGCAAAUGGUGGGAUAUCGAAAAAGAGGGCCUAAACCCAAACACCCACUGAUCCAGCUUCCCGCAUUUGCUCGUAGAUCAAGCAUCCUGGGUGGUCUUCAGGACACAUCAUUGGAUGAGGAAAACCAGCCCAAGGUGGAUUCCCUCCAGAUGCACCGCUCACGGCCGCAGCACUACCAGCUGAACAGUAAAAAACACCACCAGUACCAACCCAGCUGCAAGGAGAUCUCCGUUGAGCAGCAUAUGAGCGGGAAAAAGAAACACUUCUACCAGCUGAACAGCAAGAAACAUCAUCACUACCAGCCGGACCCCAAGAUGUACGACACGCCACUCACGGGGCCCAAAGAGGUCAAGGGUCAAGACCCUUCCAACAAAGGCUGGAACCUCCCUCCAGCCCUACAACAGAAGUGGAUUCGCAACAAAGACACCGGCUGCCUGAGUAAAGUGAAAGAUCUGUCUAUCGAGCUCAAGGGUUUGCCGGAUAAUGCUAACAAAGCAGAGCGGACACUCAAGACGAGUGCCAAAGAGUUUGCACUUCCUAAUGGCAUCAGCAGCAAGAUGAAAAUAAUCAAGAACAAAAACAAAAACGGCCGAAUUGUCAUUGUAAUGAGCAAAUACAUGGACAAAGGUGUGCAUUCAUCCAAAGUAAAGAACAGGGAUGUUUCUCAAGUGGAAACGGUACACAAUGAGGAACCUCCAGUGAAUGGUACGGACAAUCGGUCUGAUGGUGAAACACCAGAUCAAGGAGAAGGCCGUGAGAAUGGUUCUAUUGAGAAACCCAGUGAAUAUGUUGAUGAAAAGUCUCUCAGAAAGGAUAUGCCUGGACAAAAAGCCACAGAAAUAUGCGACCGACCAAACUCUUCGCCAGGGAAGGUAGACGCCAAAUCAAAUCACCUUAAGAGGCAUCUUUCAGAGCCCAGCGAGGACGUGAGAAACUGUAAGCAGUUCCUGAGCUUCAGGAGCAUUAGUGCGCCAAACUCUUCCCCUCAGAGAGAACCUAUAAACCUGCAUUACAAAAGCAGCCAUGUGGAUAAUUACGACUUUAGCGACUCUAUUCCCGAAGAGCCUAUUGAUUUGAGCGCCAAAACUCUAAAACGGUUCACUGCAUUGGACAAGGUUUCAGGAAGCUCAGCACAAAUGGACAAAACAGACAGCCAAUGUAAAGCCUUCGUGGGAAACGUUAUCAUCACUGAUAUCACCACGAACUGCUUGACCGUUACCUUUAAAGAAUACGUUCAAGAAUGAAAUCAAAUUUCAUUUGAACCAGCUCAAAGCUGAUCAAAGCUUAUGCACUGAUCAUAGCCAUUCCCGAAGAUCUGUGUACACAUUUAUUUAGGCAAAUGAACCAUUUAUAUAUUAACAGUUCAGAUGCAAAAGUCUCUUAAUCCCCUCUGAAAUUCUCUUCUAAAAUUAACAUUUUUCUCAGCUUUCUAUGUUUAUGUUCAGUUUUUUCCACUUAAAAUUACCUUUUCAUCACCAUUAAUGUGACAUAACAGGUCAUAAACACAGGAUCCUGAAAGAAAUGCUCAUUUUAAAAGAAGAUUUCAGACGGCACUUAAAGGCUUUAGCAUCUAAACUCUUCAUUUAUCUAUAUAUACAUACAGACAAGCCUCAAAAUUAUUCAUGCCCCUGGCAAAUUCUGAAUUUAUUCAACCAGCAAGUUUUGUUUUUUUUGGACUGUAAAUGACAGGCUUCUCACAUAACAUAAUAAGAUGACGUAUAAGAGACAUCAUUGUA